GUCAAGUAAUUACUGAUAAGAGGUCUUCCAAGACUGUUGCUGACAAUCAGAUGAAAUGGGGGACUGGGGAUUUCUCUCCAAGUUACUGAACAAGGUCCAGUCCCACUCCACAGUCAUCGGGAAGGUAUGGAUGACUGUCCUGUUUGUCUUCAGGAUCAUGGUGCUGGGGGCUGGUGUCGAGAAAGUUUGGGGCGACGAGCAGUCCAUGAUGGUGUGUGAUACGACAAGGCGUGGGUGUAAAAACUUGUGCUAUGAUCGGGCCUUCCCCAUCUCCCACAUUCGCUUCUGGGUGAUGCAGAUCAUCUUCGUCUCCACCCCUACCUUAGUCUACCUGGCUCACGUGAUCCACAUCACGCACCAAGAGCAGAAGAUCCGAGAUAAGCUGCAAAAAAAUGACGACGAGGCCAAGGAUUUGAAGUCGUUGAAGUACACCAACGAGAAGGGCAGAGUCUUCAUCAGAGGCGUCCUGUUUCGUAGCUACAUCCUAAGCCUCGUCGUCAGGAUCCUGCUGGAGUUGGCCUUCGUGGUCGGUCAGUACUACCUCUACGGCUUUGUGCUACAACCCACGUUGGUGUGCAAGGCUUACCCCUGCUAUGAGAAAGUGGAGUGCUUCAUGUCCCGGCCCACGGAAAAGACUGUCUUCAUCAUCUUCAUGCUGGUGGUGUCCUGCGUGUCUCUGCUGCUCAAUGUCGCUGAGAUCAUCUACCUCCUCUGUGCUCGGGUCAAGAGCCGCAGGACCCGGAGCGAUCUUCCGACACCAGCGACGACGAAUCACAAGACCUUUUGCUGA